UGAAGAAACAGCAAAGAAAGUUUGGAUUUUUGAUGCUUAUUUUUUACUGUAAUGUAAUGUGAGGGAGUGAUUCAUUCAUUCCUUUCACUUCUUCUCAUGUCACUUCCCAUCACCUACCACUGAUAAUUCCAUGCCUUGUUAUUAACCCCACCAACACCAAUUUCCCUCUUCAUUCUCAGAAUUUCAUGUGCCUCUUGUGCUCUCCAAUUCCCUCCAACAACAACUUCACAAAAAGGCUAAAAAGGGUUCAUCUUUUUGUGUGAGGAGGGAGGGGGCAAUGGUGCUGCUCUUAGAAUUGAAAAAGCUCCAUUUUUGAGGUUGGAAGCUGAGACCCAUUUGCACAAUUGAGAGAACCCAGAAUUCAAAGUCACAUUUUGAGUAAUGGGGUUGAGAUGGGAAUGUGCCAAUGGGUUCAUAUCCAAGAGGGUAUUUUUGGGUGCACAAGAGAUCUAGUAUUCUAGCUUUUUGAGAAUUCUGUGAAGGAUUUCAGUAAUUGGGUUCUGGAAAGAUAUAUUGGCAACAAUAAAUGGCAUCUGAUCUGAGUUCAGGGCUGUCCAAGAAAACGUUUGUUUUUGGUUUGAAGGCAUGGGAAUUAAUGGGGAUACUAGUUGGGUUGUUCAUUGUAAUCAUUCUCGUAGUGCUAUCAAUAUGUCUCACAUCAAGAAAGAAAUCCAGAAGAGUCAAUGGAAUGAUUCCCCUUAGUCGCAUGUUAUCUGUUUCGGAUGAGAUCAAAGAGAUUAGAGUUGAUCAAGCUUCGGCAAAUAAUCAACCUCAAAGUGGUGCUUUUAUGAGUCUGUAUGACAAAUUUAGUGACAGGGACUCUGAAAAGGUAUUGAUCCAAACAAAGAAUGGGGAUAAUAGCAGUCACUCAGGUUCAUUUAUCCAUGCCGAGAAAGACACAGGUGGUUCCCAAUCAGGAGAAGAAAGUGGAGCCAAGUCUGUUUCUGCUUAUAGAAUUUCUUCAGCUUCACCUUUAUCUGGUCUGCCCGAGUUCUCUCACCUCGGCUGGGGGCACUGGUUUACAUUAAGGGACCUAGAAGUUGCAACGAACAGGUUUUCGAAAGACAAUGUUAUCGGUGAAGGGGGAUAUGGAGUUGUUUAUCAAGGCAAGUUAAUCAAUGGGAGUCCUGUGGCUGUUAAGAAGCUCCUCAAUAAUCUAGGACAAGCCGAGAAGGAAUUUAGGGUGGAAGUUGAGGCUAUUGGUCAUGUGCGGCACAAGAACUUAGUCAGACUUCUAGGUUAUUGCAUUGAAGGCACUCACAGGUUGUUAGUUUAUGAGUAUGUUAACAACGGCAAUUUAGAGCAAUGGCUCCAUGGAGCCAUGCGGCAGUAUGGUUUUCUCACUUGGGAUGCUCGGAUUAAAAUUCUUCUUGGAACAGCUAAAGCGUUGGCUUACUUGCACGAGGCAAUCGAACCAAAAGUAGUACAUCGAGAUAUUAAGUCGAGCAAUAUUUUAAUUGAUGAUGAUUUCAAUGCCAAAAUAUCCGACUUUGGGCUGGCUAAGUUACUUGGUGCUGGAAAAAGUCAUAUUACAACUCGAGUAAUGGGAACUUUCGGAUAUGUAGCUCCUGAAUAUGCCAAUUCUGGCUUAUUGAAUGAGAAGAGUGAUGUUUAUAGCUUCGGGGUAUUGCUCCUCGAAGCAAUAACCGGAAGAGACCCAGUGGAUUAUAGCCGACCAGCAGCUGAGGUAAAUCUUGUUGACUGGCUCAAGAUGAUGGUAGGCAACAGGCGAGCAGAGGAGGUGGUGGAUCCCAACAUUGAGACCAGGCCAUCGACAAGUGCCCUGAAAAGGGUCCUUUUGACUGCGUUGAGGUGUGUUGAUCCAGAUUCUGAGAAAAGACCGAAAAUGAGUCAAGUUGUCCGAAUGCUUGAAUCAGAGGAAUAUCCUGUACCUAGAGAGGACCGAAGACGCCGAAAAAAUCAGGCCGGAAACGCGGAGCUGGAUGGUCAGAAGGAGACUUCUGAUACAGAUAAGAGCGACAAUCCAGAUUCCAAGCCAAAUGGCAGAAGUAACCAACGGAAGUAAAGCCAGGAAGGCUGUACAAAUUGGAAGAAAUACCAAUGAAGGGUCAAUUUUUGCAUUCUUUUGAGCAUACUAUGAGUUCUUAUGAUUACCACAUUGGCCAUCAAAGCAUAUUACUCUGAAAUGGUUUUAUAUACUUAUUUUGUUGUUAUAGCUCAGAAAAUGUAGAUGCUAGGAAUAUAUAGAUUGUUGUGUAUGAAAUACAAGAGAGAGCAAACAGAUCCCUGCUUGCACUAUUGUGUACAGUUUCAUUGUUAUUCUUACCCUUAUACUUUGUUUUUGUCACUCAUGAUGCAUUGUGUAAAAUGACAAGGGAAAAAAAGAUCAUCAAAAACAGAAAAAGAAGUGCUUAUUAUUGUCUAUAA